AUGGGAAAAACGUCAAAGGACAAAAGAGAUAUAUAUUAUAGGUUAGCAAAAGAAGAAGGAUGGCGAGCAAGAAGUGCCUUUAAACUGUUACAAAUUAAUGAGGAAUAUGAUAUUUUUAACGGGGUUUUACGUGCCGUCGAUCUUUGUGCAGCUCCAGGUAGUUGGAGCCAAGUUUUGACUAAAAAAUUAAAGGAGAACACUACGAACGCUGAUGAUGUAAAAAUUGUCGCUGUUGAUUUACAGGCAAUGGCUGCUCUUCCGGGAGUAAAACAAAUUCAGGGUGAUAUUACAAAAUUGAGUACAGCUCACGAAAUCAUUAAGGAGUUUGAAGGCUUUAAGGCCGAUCUCGUUGUUUGUGAUGGAGCACCUGAUGUGACUGGUUUGCAUGAUAUUGAUGAGUACGUUCAAUCGCAGCUUCUUCUCGCCGCUUUAAAUAUAACGACGCAUGUUUUAAAAAAUGGUGGUGUGUUUGUUGCUAAGAUAUUUAGAGGAAAAGAUGCUACGCUACUAUACUCCCAACUAAAGCAGUUCUUUGAAUUGGUCACAGUGUCAAAGCCAAGGAGCUCGAGAAAUUCUAGUAUUGAAGCAUUUGUAGUGUGUCAGAACUAUAAUCCACCCUCAGGAUUUGUACCAACUAUGAUCAAUCCACUUUUGGACCAUCAAUAUUGUGACUUUAAUCAACUCACAGGACCUAACAGAUUUAUAGUUCCAUUUAAUGUUUGUGGUGAUCUGAGUGCUUAUGAUUCUGAUACUUCUUAUCCACUGUUGUUAGAUGGUCAAACUACAUACGAGUAUAAAGAGCCCAUUCAAAAACCAAUAGAUCCUCCAUAUAAAAAUAUACUGGAAAAAACUAAAAACAUGCAAUUAAAUAAGUAA